AUGGCGGACGGGAGCCUCUACGCCUGGUGGUGCUGUGCCGUAGCCUGCGCGCUGGCGCUUGUCGCAGCGGACGGCUUACUCGUGGACAUCACCUAUGUGGAAAGCGCCGUGGCCAAAGGAGCAGUGUGUUUGGAUGGUAGCGCGCCGGCGUAUCAUCUCGCCCGCGGCUCCGGCUCCGGUGAGAACAGCUGGCUGGUCCAUUUCGAGGGUGGAGGAUGGUGCAACAAUGUCACGACCUGUCUGCAGCGGAAGGGCACGCGGUUGGGGUCGUCCAAGGAGAUGGUGACGCAGAUUGCCUUCUCUGGAAUCCUGAGUGACACGCCGGAUGGCAACCCAGACUUUUACAGUUGGAACAAGGUCAAGGUUCGGUACUGCGAUGGUUCAUCUUUCACUGGCGAUGUCGAAGAAGUUGAUCCUACAAAAAAGCUACACUAUAGAGGUGCGAGGAUAUGGCGAGCUGUCAUGGAGGACCUGCUUGCCAAAGGGAUGGACAAAGCUGAAAAUGCUCUAAUUUCAGGCUGUUCUGCUGGCGGUUUAACCUCCAUACUACACUGUGACAGAUUUCAUGACCUUCUGCCGCCGGCUGCGAGAGUUAAAUGCCUUUCUGAUGCUGGGUUCUUCAUUAAUGAGAAAGAUGUUGCUGGAGUUGGGUACAUUGCUGCUUUUUUCAACGAUGUGGUUACAACACAUGGGUCAGCAAAGAAUUUACCGCCUUCAUGCACUUCGAUGUUACCUCCAGGAAUGUGCUUUUUCCCCCAGAACGAGGUGAAACAGAUACAGACACCUCUAUUCAUCCUCAACGCAGCAUAUGAUUCAUGGCAGGUAAGGAACAUUUUGGUGCCAGGAGUUGCUGACCCUCAUGGUCAAUGGCAUAGCUGUAAGCAUGACAUAGGCCAGUGCUCUGCAUCGCAGCUACGGGUAUUGCAGGGAUUCAGGGGUGAUUUUCUGAAGGAAGUGUCUGAACAGUGGAACUCCGACUCAAGAGGGUUGUUCAUAAACUCAUGCUUCGUGCACUGCCAGUCUGAGUCGCAGGAGCUAUGGCUCUCAUCUGACUCCCCCAUGCUCGGAAACACAACAAUAGCAAACGCAGUUGGCGACUGGUUCUUCAACCGCAGCUCCUUCCAGAAGAUAGACUGCCCGUACCCUUGUGAUUCGACCUGUCACAAUCGGAUCUACGAGGACUCAUCACAAGCAUAG